GACAGUUUCGUCUCAAUAAUUUGAACUUAAGCAAAAAAACAUCAAUACAGUUUAGUCAGAGGAACACUAGUAAAAAAAACUUUGUUAUCAGUGUUGUCGUCUGUUGAUCGCGAGCUAGCAAUGAGCCGGAUUGGGGUCUGAUCUAAAUCAUAUUAGGCGCAUAAUAAGUGUACCGACUGAUUAUGGAGCUGCGCGAGUGGAGUCCGCUUGUCAGUCUGGUAGGUAAACUUCCAACCAGAGUACAACGAGGUAUCUUGUUCCAUGACGUAUCCAUCACCUGUGUGGACUUCGUAGAAGAAUUCAUUGCUCUCGGGACUAAUGUGGGAAUAGUGUUUUGGUGCAAUCGAAAGAACAGCGCCAUCGAAAGAUUACAGGCUGAGGGUUCCGGUGAGUUGACUUGCGUUCGGAUCAUUUCAACAGUGGAUUUUAUGGUCGCAACAGGAUGUCGGCAAGGAAAAAUUAAUAUCUUUCAAAUCCCCAAAGAAGCACCCCCGGAUGUUUGCCUUGAACUUCUGUUGAAAAGUAAACCUACCGAGCGGUACACAGUCGGUGGAAUUCAUCGUACAUCGUUAACCAAUCUCGUAUGGUCUAAAAAUGGAAUGAAGCUAUUUUCCGGCGAUAACUCUGGAACAGUAGUCUUGACGAACAUCAAUUACCAGUCGAAGUCCUGUGAGUCUUGGGAAAUUGUUAACGAAAAGUAUGAAAUUAUUCAGCUAAGUUUGCAAAAAGAAUAUCUACUGGUUUCAACAACUUACCGAACGGUUAUUUGCGUUCAGGAAGAUCCCGGCAAAUGGCGAGUGACACAAAUCGGUAAAAAGGACCGGAAAAUACUAAGUCACUUCGGGGCCGUAUUUCACACAUACCAUAAAAAACCUCAAGUAGUUUCUGCUCGAUCUGGAUUUCGGCUGUGGGUAGCAGAUAUGGUAGGAGAUGUCGCACACACGUUGAUCUUUAAAGAGUUAAUCCGAACACCCUCGUAUGAGAUACCCGUUUUAAAUCCCAGCAGGCAUCCGAUCCGAAUUCCUACCACGUUCGGAACGCUAUAUCCAUUCCAAGAUAAAUAUUUGUUGUCGGUAGCCAAUGAUGCGCUUUUUGUGUUGGACUUGGACCAAAUGAAAGUUGUAGCCUCAUUAACUCGACUACGCAAAAUAAUCGACAUCUCAGUCAGCAAGCAUGAAAUUCUAAUUCUUGAAAGUUGUCGCUCUCUAAUCCGUCUAUCCACACUACCGGACAGUAGUCAAACCACAAUAUUAUACAAAAAUCUCGAUCUUUUUGCCACAAGCGAUAGCGACCAUCAAAUUGUGCUAGCGGACGAGUGUAUCGAGCAGGAAUCAUUCGCAGAAAUAGCCAGCAGCUCAGGUUGCUCAAACGGUGUCGACAGCCAGUGCAGUGGGGAUGACACUGUUGACUUCGGUCAGCCACUGGAGGAAAGUCCUUCUGCUGAUGGUUCGCAUCACAUCGUAACUCACCUAAAAAAACUGGAACUGUUUGAAACACUGAACGAACUAAAGUACGACGAAUCAAUACUGUUCAAAAGCGGACGGAAAAUGAAACGAAAGCACAAAACCAAAAUCAAUCCAAUUGUCGAGAUCGGCCAAAUCCCAAAGGAGUGUGAGGAAGAGGGAAUUGCUGGGAAGCAUUAAUUCUCGAUUCGCUAUAGUAAAAAACAUGAGUUCUCAUAUUCUGUGUAAUUAUAUUGUUGAUAUAUGUUUUGUUAGCUCAAACGAGCACCAUAUUACGCUUUAAAGUAUAUGCUGAUGAAAUGCAAUUAUUGUAUCGUGCUUAAAUGAAACCAAUCGGCAUAGCUAUCGGGUUACGCACGUUUGAGUGAAUUGCAAGUUGAAACUUGUUUUGAUUCUUGUGCUUUUGUUUAGCUUUGAAAGCCGGUAAAAGGAUAA